AUGAGCGAUGAGGCUCCGCUAGACUACUCGGUCCCGCCAUUCCCAUCCCUCCAUCUCCCCGUCAUCGGAGUGCCGCAAGCUCAGAACUACUUAUAUCACGCCGAAGAUAUCUGGCGAUUCACGCUCUACUGGACACUGAUUCUCCAUAUUGGACUCCAUUUUGUGGUGGCAGCUUUUGCAACCGCCAUUCAAUGGCGGAAUUGGCGAAUGAUGUGGGCAGUGCCCGUUGCCUAUGUAGUCGUAUCCGGUCUAGAGGCUUUGUUGGCUGGAAGUAUGGUUGGGUUAAUUCUUGGUUGGGUCUAUGAAGCGGGCAACUUUACAAUGACCACGUGGAUACCAUUAGUUUGGGCUGGCAUUAACGUUUUAGUUGUCAUCAUCUCGAGCUUCCCGAUGCAGAGUGCAAUUUGA